AUGGGCAAUUCCCCAAAUCAGCUUCCAGAGGACCACGCUUUAUACCCACUAACACCCUUCGACCGCCUUUUUGAACGGUCGACGUUCGUAACUGGGUGGCUCCUCGAAGGGAAAUUGGACGAACAAGUCCUGAGUGAUGCGAUACAAAAAGUCACAGAGAAAUGGAGGAUGUUGGCCGGAAGGGUGGUGUCACGCGAGGAGGGUGAAGGGACGUCAUGGUACCUCAAAAUCCCCCUAGGUCCCCUCCCACCAACCUAUGCGACGUACAAAAUAACCACCACGAGCUCUCCGAAUCCACUGUCCUUCUAUAACAUCACAUUGCCCCUACAACAUGGGAUCAACAACUCGUUGCCCUACACGUUGUUUCUGCAUGCUGACACACCUAGACAUUACAAGGCUUGGGCAGAGGGCGGUGGUGUACCUCUGACGUGCUGGCAUCUGACAUACUUCAAUGAAGGAUAUACUUGCUUGGGAUUCGCUAGGUCCCAUGGGGUAUUCGACGGUGUUGGUGCUGUACAGGUCGUCAAUGCCGUCGUUGACGAGCUGGCUGGAAAUGAGACUGAGUGGACUCCACCGCCUCUACCGCUUCCGGGAAUGGUGGAGAACCCUGUUCAAAGGGCUCUGGAAGAGAUUUCGGCGCAAAAUCCCGGGGAAGACGGAUUCCCGUUAAAGUCGCCACUGUACUCUGCGAUGGGCGUUACUGGGGCGCUAGGAAUGGCAGCGUGGCAUCUCCGAGAGCGAUACUGGAGGAAUGCGGUGCCCAGGUGCUUGGUCAUACCGGACAGGGUGGUUACGUCCCUUGUGAGAGGAGUGAGGCAGAGGGUACUGGAAGAGAGAGGAAGGGUUGGUUUGGGUACUGAAGAAGUCAGUACAGGAGAUGUAUUGGUUGCUUGGUUGAUGAAAACAAUCUAUUCUAGAGGAACGAAUCCUCACACGACAGUUCAUUGCAGCAACCUUGCUUCAUUCAGGUCUCUGUUGGGGUCUGACAAAGAGAUACUGAAGUAUCCCCAUAAUGCGUGGACUCCACUACCCUAUCCGCCUUACUCAGUUGAAGAUUUGAAUAGCCUCCCGCUUCAUGAACUGAGUAGGCGGCUAGCGGAAGCCCGACAUUCGUUUGACAAGGUGCAUGUGGCUUGCGCAUAUAAUACGCUGCGGAAGCAUCCAUUGGCGAUGCCGGUACACGAGACUGCAGAUGAGAGUUUUUUGGUGUCGAAUGUGAGUGCGUCGAGGAUUCUGGAGGCGGAUUGGGGAAUGAAGACGAUAUGUGGGUACAGAUACUCGCUUACCCCAAACGCGCUACUGCUCACGAAUUCUGCGUAUGUUUCUGGGAGACUGCCGAAUGGGAGUCAUUUAAUUGAGGUUACAGUUAGCGAAGAGAGGAUAAAACUGGUUAAGGAGGAAGUCAACAGACUUAUUGGCGUUUAA